CUCCCCAGUCCCCACAGCCUCGCCAGCUAGUCCGUUCUGCAUCCAGUUCAGUGGUGUAUCUCGUGGCCGGCCGAUCGAUCGACGACGGGCGGUCACUCAUGGCGGCGGGUGGUCUGUUCGGCACGGUGGCGGUGACGACGGUUGUGUGGCUGGCGGUCCACGUCGCGCUCAACAGCCCCAUCCAGCCGGUGCCGUCGCCGCCGCCGCCCGCCGCGCGGUACACACCCAGUAGCCUCCUCCAUGGACUGGCGCUCGAGAAGCUUGGGGAAGGGCGGCUGAUCCAGGGGCCGGAAGACGUGUACGUGGACGCGGCCGCUGGAGGGACUGUGUACACGGCGACCAGGGACGGGUGGCUGCAGAGGAUGCACCCCAACGGGUCGUGGGAGCAGUGGCGGUUCGUCGGCGGAACUGGCCUGCUCGGGAUCGCGCCCUCCGCCGACGGCAGCAUGCUCGUCUGCGACGCCCACAAGGGUUUACUGAGAGUCGAGGAGGAUCGCGUGACCAUUCUCGCCUCGACGGUGGAAGGCUCCACGAUCAGGUUUCCCGAGGCCGCCGUGGAGGCAUCUGACGGCACGGUGUACUUCAGCGACGCCACCACAAGGUUCGGCAUCGACCAGUGGUUCCUCAGCUACAUCGAGUCCCGCCGCACCGGCCGCCUCCUCAAGUACAACCCACGCACCGGCAAGACGUCCGUCGCGCUCGACAACCUCGCCUUCGCCAACGGCGUCGCUCUGUCGCGGGACGAGACCUUCGUGAUCGUCUGCGAGUCAGCCAGAUACAGAUGCUUGAAGCUGUGGCUCAAGGGGGACAAGACUGGCCAGGCAGAGACUUUCGUCGGCGACCUUCCGGGGUCUCCGGAUAACAUCCGUCGAGCACCAGAUGGCACCUUUUGGAUUGCCAUUAUCAAGCUGAGGUCGCCAUGGCUAGACUUGGUCAACCGCUGGACCUUGAUAAAGAGAGUCGUGGCGGCGUUCCCGCCGCUCCUCGACAGGGUCAAGGCGACUGCCAAGGGAGCAAUGGUGGCUCAGGUGUCGGAGGAUGGCGAGAUCAUCCGUCUGCUCGACGACUCUCAAGGGAAGGUGAUCAACUUCAUCACUUCGGUGACAGAGUUCCACGGAGACCUCUACUUUGGUAGCUUCUCCACCAACUUCGUAGGCAAGCUGUCCCUGGCCAAGGUGCCACAGGUGCAGGAGGCAGCUUCAUCCUAGACAUUAGUGGUCACAAUGCAUAGCCACUAGAAAAUCAGGGCCAUCUCACCGGUUAAAGCUUCAGCAUUGUCAAUUUAGCAUGCACGGCUCUGCCCUAAGCAGUCCGAUGUAGUAUCACUUGUGGUUUCAGAAUUCAGUGAGCAGGUUGUUUAGUGCUCGUACUGUGAGUUUCUUAGCGAAUUCACAAAUAACCGCCCGCCUUCACCAA